AUGAAUAAUGUGAGAGAAGAUUAUGAAGAAGAAGAAGAGGUUGAAUUAGAUGAUCAUCAUCGGAUGAUGAUGACGAUGGAUGCAACAACCAAACAUUUUCCCAACAUCAUCCCUCACCCACAGACACCAAAGGAACCAAUGGAAUUCCUCUCAAGAUCUUGGAGUCUCUCAGCUUCUCAAAUUUCCAAAGCCUUAUCCCACCAUAACCAUAAUAAGAAACAACAACAAGUUCUUGUCCCUGCUGCUGAAACCAUUUAUUCUAGCAGAGAAAUGAAUGUUAACACUGUUAAGAGAACGAGCUCACUAGGAAGAUGGUUUCAUCACAAGGCUCCUGGAAAUGCAACCAUGAAGAAGAAGGACAAGGCCCGUGUCGAGAAUGCUCGUCUCCACACCGCCAUCUCCAUCGUCGGACUCGCCACCGCAUUGGCAGCCGUGGCUGCCGAAGAGAACAAGGCGGAGGGAUCCUCCACUAAAAUGAGUGCGGCCAUUGCAUCGGCCACGGAGCUCUUGGCAUCCCAUUGUAUCGAGAUGGCAGAAUCGGGAGGUGCCCAUCACGAUCGUGUGGCUUCCGCCGUCCGAUCUGCUGUUGACGUUCGAUUGCCUAGCGAUCUAAUGACUCACACAGCUGCUGCUGCAACAGCUUUGAGAGGAGAGGCUGCUUUGAAGGCACGAUUACCAAAGGAAGCAAAGAAGAACGCCACCAUAAAUCCUUAUGACAAGACCAUGGCUGAUUCCGACAAGAUUAACGGUAGUGAAAUGGUAGAACAAAAAGAUCCUUUCUUUAAAGGCGACUUACUCCAUCACAACCAGAAAGGAUCGUUAAGGAGGAAACAAGUGUCCAUGUACAUCAAUAAGAAAUCUCAGGUCAUGAUUAAGAUGAAAAACAAAUAUGCAGGAGGAACUUUUACUAAGAAGAACAAAAGUGUUGUUUAUGGAGUAUGUGAUGAGACCAAUGCAUGGCCUUUCAAACAAGAAAUGGAAAACAUGGAGACUUUCUUUGGAGUUAAGACAUCACAAGGUCUUCUCGAGUUCAAAUGCAAGAAUAAGAAUCAGAAGCAAAAAUGGGUUGAUGGGAUUCAAACUCUUCUUCGUCGUGUUAGCAUAGAGGGUGUUGAUUGCUCUCUAAAGUUGUUGAAUAUUUGAUAACUCAACUAAUGAAUGAUAGCUUUAGAUUACUAGUUAUUUCCUCUACUGUAAUUUUUUCAGGUGAAAAAUUCUACUUCUACAAGAGAGAAGAACAUGACCAACCUGUUUACCA